CGCACUUCGAGGUCAUUCUGACUUCCAGCUGGGUGGGACUUGGGUCGCAUGAACCAGACAUUUUGGUUUAAAAACCAUAUACCACACAAUCAAGAUGUCCAAACCAGCUCAUAAGAUAGCAGACAUCAAUCUGGCGGAGGCCGGAAGAAUGGUCAUCUCUUUAGCAGAAAAUGAAAUGCCAGGAUUACUGAAAAUCAGAGCAAAAUAUGGCGCGAAUAAACCGUUAGAUGGUGCUAGAAUUGCUGGAUGUUUACAUGUUACCAAGGAAACAGCCGUGCUAGUAGAGACACUGAUUAUACUCGGUGCCAAGGUACAGUGGUGCAGCAGUAACAUCUUUUCAACUCAAGACCAUGUGGCAGCAGCACUGGUAAAAUGUGGCAUUCCUAUUUAUGCAUGGAAGGGUGAGACGGAUGAAGAAUUUGUAUGGUGUAUGCAACAGACUCUGGUCUUUCAAGAUGGCCAGACACUUAACAUGAUUUUAGACGAUGGUUGUAAUCUCGCACAGUUAGUGUAUAGUAAAUAUCCGCAGUACUUAUCAGGAAUAAUUGGAAUUACCGAAGAAACAUCAAGUGGUGAACUUAUCUUAAAUAGAAUGUUCAAUGCUGGAGAAUUGAAAACACCAUGCAUCAGUGUUAAUACCUCGGUUGUGAAAGCAAAGUUUGAAAAUUUUUACGGCUGCAGAGAGUCUGUGAUAGACGGUAUACGAAGGGCUACUGAUGUCAUGCUUGCUGGAAAGGUAGUGGUUGUGUCUGGAUUUGGUGACGUGGGGAAAGGAUGUGCCAGUGCGUUUAAAAUGUUUGGAUCAAGAGUCAUUAUCACAGAAGUAGAUCCUAUUAACGCACUCCAGGCUUCAAUGGAAGGCUAUGAAGUGACCACACUCAACGAGGCAUGCAAAGAAGGACAGGUGUUUGUUACAGCAACCGGUGGUAGACAAAUCCUGACUUCAAAUCAUUUUUUAAAUAUGCGCGAGGAUGCGAUAGUUUGUAACAUGGGACAUUUUAGCCAUGAGAUUGAUUGUGAUUGGUUGAAUGAGAAUGCAACCACAGACCGUAUCAAAGCUGGGGUUAGCAGAUACACGUUAUCGAAUGGACGCCAUAUAUUACUCCUUGGAGCUGGUAGUCCAGUUAACUUAGCAUGUGCAUCUGGUUGUCCCAGCUUUGUAAUGUCAAACGUGUUCGCAACACAAGUGUUAGCACAGAUUGAAUUGUUCAACAACAAAGCAAAGUACUCUAUCGGUGUUCAUUCACUGCCGAAGAAGCGUGAUGAAGAAGUGGCCUUGUCUCACCUGGAGAAACUGGGGAUAAAAUUAACGCAAUUGACUAUUGAACAAGCGAAGUAUCUUGGAAUACAACAAGACGGCCCAUAUAAACCCAAUCAUUAUCGAUACUAACAACUGUCAACAAAUAAUUUAACAUAUUGAUAAUACAGCCCAAUGCAACAAUCGGAGGCAAGUGUGAUCGUCUUUAGAAUGUAUGGUAAAAUAUAGAUUGGUAUUUACCAGA